UCAUGAUGCUUGCCAGUCAAUGUGCUCUUUGGCAAAUUGUAACCUCUUCAGCACGUCAUAAUUUUUUUUUUUCAACAGUGGGACUUUGCGGGGGCUUCUUGCAGAUAGCUUGGCUUCACAUAGGCGUCUUCUAAUUGUAACAGUACUCACAGGUAACUUUAGACCUUCUUUGAUCUUCCUGGAGCUGAUUGUUGGCUGAGUCCUUGCCAUUUUGGCUAUUUUUUCUAUCCAUUUGAAUGGUAGUUUUUUGCUUUCUUCCACAUCUUUCAGGUUUUGGUUGCCAUUUUAAAGCAUUUGCGAUCAUUUUAGCUGAGCAGCCUAUCAU